UUUCCCGUCGACUUCAACCAAGUAUACCACAGCAACGUCCGCCUCAACGCUAGUUGGCUGGGUUAUCGGGUACGCCACAAGGCCCAGCUGGCUGGCAGGCGUGAGACUGCUGCUAUAUGGUUAUACGGAUACUGGCUUUGCCGGAAAUGUCACGAGUCAAUGACUAACUCUGAUGCCCUCCGCAUUGACGGCACAGCUCACAUCGUUACACACCUCCGCAAUAAGCAUCAAAUCGACCCCAAAACAGGCCUUGUUCUGGAUGGGAAACCUCCCCCUGAGGACCCCUGGGCAGCUGCACGCACUGCUGGCUCAUCUACCUUCACUGCACACACCCCU